CCUCUAAACGUGGUCAUAAAUCAUCUGGGUUGCAAUAACUGUACAGUGAACUCUACAGAUUUCUCAUUCCAAACUCCUGGUUUCCAGAGGCGUUGGCUGCCUGUGACCCAGGCACGCAGCUCUGCCUCACCAUGGAUGUCACAGCCUGUAAUGGAUCAAAAGACUUCCCACCGAUCUUCUACCAGGUGGGCAUCCCCUCUCUACAGCAGUUCCUCUUCCUUCCCAUCUUUUUCAUCUUCUUGUUCUAUGUCCUCAUCCUCCAGCUCAUUUUGGUGGCUGUGGUAAGAGAACCUGGACUUCACAAACCCAUGUACUUCUUCCUGAUCAAUCUCUCAGCUCUGGACAUCCUCUUCACCACGACCACUGUCCCCAAGAUGCUGUCCCCUCUGCUUGGGGACCGAUUCCUCAGCUUCCCCGCCUGCUUCCUGCAGAUGUACCUCUUCCACAGCUUCUCCUGCCCAGAAGCCUUCAUCCUGGUGGUCAUGGCCCGUGACUGCUACGUGGCUAUCUGCCGCCCCCUGUGCUACCCUGCCCUCAUGACCCCACACACUAAUGCCGCCCCCCUCGCAGCCUGUGCCUGGCUCACUGCCUUCCUCCUGCCCAUCCCCCCAGUGGUGCAGACUUCCCACUUGGCUUUUGACAACACUGCUCACAUCUAUCACUGCUUCUGUGACCACUUGGCUGUGGUCCAGGCCUCUUGCUCUGACACCACGCCCCAGACCUUCAUGGGCUUCUGCAUUGCCAUGGUGGUAUCCUUCCUGCCCCCUCUCCUGGUGCUUCUCUCCUAUGCCCACAUCCUGGCCUCGGUGCUUCGCAUCAGCUCCCGAGAAGGACGCUCAAGAGCCUUCUCCACCUGCAGCUCCCACCUCCUGGUGGUUGGUACCUACUACUCAUCCAUUGCCAUCGCCUAUGUGGCCUACAGGGCCGACCUGCCCCUCGACUUCCACGUCAUGGGCAAUGUGGUCUCUGCUGUCCUUACCCCUCUCAUCUACACGCUGAGGAACAAGGAUGUCAAAGCAGCCAUCACCAGAAUAAUUGUGAUAAAGGUGCAGCAUGUGAUGGGACUUUAA